UGAAGCCCUUCCAAAUCGGGGGAGGGAGUAAACCGUAAUUCCCGAACCGACUCAUCAAGCUAAGCAUUCCUCCCUCCGGUUCUUCUCGAUCUGCUCCGAUGGCCGACGCCGUCGUCAAGCCCGAGCCGGAGAAGAAGUCCUGGGCCGACCUCGAGGAGGAGGAGGAGGCCAAGGCCAAGGCGGAGGCCGAGGCCGAGGCCGCCGCCGCCGCCGCCGCUGCCGCCCCCUCCUCCUCCUCUUCCGCCACUGAGCCGGCGGUGGACGCGCAGGCGAAGCAGAUCGAGGCGCUCUCGCUCUCCGUGCCGGAGGACGACGGCGGCCAGCAGGGCCCGCCUCUGCUCGAUGACUCCGAUGACUCCCAAAUCCAAGCCGUGACCUCGGGCGGCACGGUGUACGAGUCGGCGACGACCUUCGAGGACCUGAAGCUCACGCCGGAGCUGCUCAAGGGGCUGCACGACGAGAUGGGCUUCACCCGGCCCAGCAAGAUCCAGGCCAUCACGCUCCCCAUGAUCCUCACGCCGCCCUACAAGGACCUCGUCGCGCAGGCGCACAACGGCUCCGGCAAGACCACCUGCUUCGUCCUGGGCAUGCUCAGCCGCGUGGACCCCAACCGCAAGAUUCCUCAGGCCAUCUGCAUCUGCCCCACUAGGGAACUCGCACAGCAGAAUAAAUCUGUCCUCAUGAGAAUGGGCAAGUUUACAGGCAUUACCUGUGCCUGUGCUAUCCCGCCGGCUCAGAAAGAUUAUAUGCCCAUCUCCAGAAUGCCUGCCAUCACCGAUCAGGUGGUGAUUGGCACUUCUGGGACACUCAUGAAGUGGAUUACUAAUAAGAAGCUUGCGACAAGGGAGAUCAAGAUUCUUGUGUUUGAUGAGGCAGAUCAUAUGCUUGCCGAGGACGGCUUUAGGAGUGAUUCUGAAAGGAUCAUGAGGGAUAUACAAAGAAGUGCUGGUGGAUGUCAGGUGCUUCUCUUUUCUGCGACCUUCAAUGAGAGAGUGAAGGAUUUUGUUACAAAAGUCAUUAAGGAUGGAAAUCAAAUAUUUGUGAAGAAGGAAGAUCUUACUUUGGAAAAAGUAAAGCAAUAUAAAGUUCGAGUCCCUGACGAGGCAGCAAAAAUAGAGGUCAUAAGGGACAAGAUCUUUGAGUUUGGACAAAAGGUUGGGCAGGUUAUCAUAUUUGUUAGAACAAAGAUAAGCACUAAGAAUGUUCACAAUGCUUUGACGAAAGAGGAUUAUGUGUGCUCCUCAAUUCAAGGAUCCCUUGACCAAUCAGAGAGGGAAAAAGUAAUACAGGAAUUCAAAGAUGGGUACACCAAGGUUCUUAUAUCAACUGAUGUUCUUGCUCGAGGUUUUGACCAAGCACAGGUUAACCUGGUCAUCAACUACGACAUGCCAAUUAAGUAUAAUACGAGGGAUGAACCUGAUUAUGAGGUGUACCUGCACAGAAUUGGCAGAGCUGGGCGUUUUGGCCGAAAAGGAGCUGUGUUCAACCUGCUAUGUGGUGACACCGAUGAUAAUGUGAUGACAAAGAUUGAGAACUACUUCCAGCACAAAGUACCAGAGGUUCCCAACUGGAAAAGCGAGGAAAAUUUUGAGACUGCUCUUAAGGAUGCGGGCUUGCUUGAGUAAACAUGAGGCUAGCACAUAUGCACUGGGCUCGGAACAAUUUGGCUUACUGAGCUUUUGUGAUUAUAUUAUCAUCAGCUCUUGGUUCUUUUGUACCAGAUGGUUGUGUCGGGAGUUCUGUGGAUUACAUUACCAAUUUUCCCAAAAGCUGUGACGCAAUGAAUCUAUCAGUGGAGAGUGCUUGUAAUGUAAUCCAUCUUUAUGCUUGUUAUUUUCCCAAGCAUAACUUUGUAUGACGUUUUCUUAUUUCAAAUCUUUCACAGCGCCCUUGUAA